AUGUUCAACAGAAAGUUCACAAUUCAAGCCAACUUCUUUGGUGUUGACACGUAUGGACCAGAAGAGAUGGAAAAGUUCACAAAGGAGGAAAAGUUUAUGGCAUCGAACUUGAAGACCGUAUCGUUGAUAGUAUUCCAAGUCAGAGCUGAGAGAAAGGCUUGGUGGAGUGAUGAAGAUAUCCUCAGAUACGAAACUGACAUUCCCAAAUACUUUAAAAGGUAAGGCACUUUGUAAAUUGGUUGAAUGAUGUUAUUCUUUAUCGUUUAUGUUGUUAAAGCUUAAAUUUUAGUGAAUUUAACUCAUCGUUGAUAAAGGUACUUGCAAUGUCACCAAGUUAUGUCGGGAAGGAAGUCGAGCGUGCUGGAAUGAGUUUACAACCUUUGAUUGCUGUCGGAUUUGUGAUCAUGACGUCUUUUACUAUUGUCACUACUAUAAUGUCAUCACUCUUUGUUCAACAGUUCACGUGGAAUAAGGUCGGUUAUUAAUUUUUUUGGGCAUCAAGAGAUUUUUGACGUCUUUUUAAGUAUUACAGUAUUUACAAUGGCUUUCUAGAUAACAUUGGCAAUAGCAGCAUGUGUGGUACCACUUAUGUCAGUUUCCACCGCUUUUGGUAUUCUGUUCUCUUUGGGAGUAAGGUUUGGACCUAUUUUGGCAGUAACGCCAUUAUUGAUUCUGGCUAUCGGUAAGUUCGAAGUUUUGGUAAAAUACGAUUUGCUGAAUUAUAGAAUGGUGUGUCUUUAGAAAUACUAACGGUUUCCACUGAAUGUAGACUAUUUUUUUUUACUUCUGAUUAUUGUUUGUUGUUAUUUUAGGUGUUGAUGAUUCUUUUUUGAUGUUGCAUGCUUGGCAAAGAGUAGUCAGUCGAGUUAGGGAGCGAACGGCUGUCACUAACGACAGUAUUGAAAAGAGGAUCAGUAUGGUAAGCGUAAAUCUAAAAAAUUUUUAAUUUUAUUGCUUAUAUUGUUAAAAGAUUACGAUUGUGAGAUAUUGAUACAGUACUCUCUCUAUAUAAACAACCAGAAGGGACCGAUAUUUUGUGUUUACUAUAAGGGGUGUCGUUUUUACAGAGAGACUUUUUAGGGCAAAUUGGCUUGGAAAUUAUACAGAUGGUUCACUACAUAGAGAGAACACUGUACUGACUGUCAGAUUUUCAGGUAUGUGCAGAGACUGGAGCUUCAAUAACAUUGAGUGCAAUUACCAACAUUCUUGCUUUUACCGUCGGGGCUGUCACUUCACCGCCCGAGAUUCAGUUGUUCUCGAUUGUCAAUGCUUUUGCCUUGUUUGUCGAUACCUUCUACUCGUUUACCUUGUAUGCGGCUAUAAUGGCAGUUUGUGGUAAAAUCGAAAUGCAACAAGAAAACAACGAAUUUGAAGCUGUCUCCAAGAAGCGGCAGAAGAUCAAGGAUACGUUUUACUCGGUUAUUGACUGGUAUAUCAGUGUGUUGGGGAAGCUUCCAGUUAUUGUUGUUGUGUUAACAAUGCUGGUUGGAUAUUGGGGAGCUAGUGCUUAUGUAAGUUCUUGUUUUCUAUGUAUGUAUAUUAAAAUGUCAUAAUUUUUUAUAUAAAGGGUUGUUUUGGAAUUUUUAUGUUUUAAACUACAGUAUGCAAAUUUGUGGAUAUUAUGGUUUAUUUCGAUAAUUUAGGGAGCACUUAAUAUGGGAAUUGAUCUCAGCUCGGAAAAGUUUUUCUUGAAGGAUUCUGAUCUUCUUGAGGUAUGUUAAAAUUUUUAAAAGUUGAAUUUAUACUAAUUACAUUUUAAAAUUAACUGUUCUAAUAUGUUUAUUAUAACAUUUUCUUCUUUAGGCAGAUAAAUUAAAACAACGCUAUGUAAUUCCUCAUUUUACUGCACCCGCCAUCUUUGUCAAUAAUCCUGGCAACUUGAGUAAUGUCGACCGUGUGAAUCGACUGGAAGCCUUGGUCAAACAUAUUGAAACAAUGCCUGAGGCCAUUGGAGAAGAUUCUACAAAGUUCUUUAUCAGAGAUUACGCUGAUUAUGUAGCAGCCUUCAGUGAUCCGGACUUCUUUGAAGAAUCUCACGAGAAUCUGGUGAAAGAUGAGGAAAGUGGUUGGAGGCUGGACGAUGAGAUGUUGGACAACUUCUUGGCUUGGCCUGAAUAUAACUUUUGGGGAGGAUUUAUGAAGAGGGAGGCAAAUGCAAGCGAUGGAAAGAUAAUUCAAAAGUUCUUUUUUACAACUGGCUUUCAUGGCGAACGCCUAAGGCACUGGACACAACGACAUUCACUUCUGGACGAUUGGAGAAGCACAGUCAACGAAUUUCCGUAUGAUUUGAAGAUUUAACAAAGCUGUCAAUACAAGUUUUGAUAUUUUUUUAAGUUACUGUACUCAAGAUUCAUCUGUGCAGCUUCAAAUUUUUAUAUAAAUUUAUCUGAAAGAAUCUACUGUAUUACUUUAAUAAUUUCAGGGAAUUCAAUGCUACUAUCUUCUAUGACGAAGCUUUGUUCUUGGAUCUGGUGGAUGUGUUACCAUCUUGUACAUGGCAGAGUGUCACAGCUACAUUAAUAUGCAUGGCUUUGGUUUGCUUUAUCUUCUUUGUGGAUGCGUUUACUGUAUCUAUGGCUACUUUGGCUAUUUUAUCUAUUUGUUUAGGUACGCGAUUUUUAUUGACUUAUAUGCUGUUUUACCUUAUUAUAUGGUUUUGGGUUUUUUAGGUAUACUUCUUGUUUGCUAGCCGUAUUUUUAAAGUCAAAGGGAUGUUGACAUGUUUUACUUUUAGGUGAAAUUGGCUUCUUACACUUUUAUGGGAUUACAUUGGAUCCUAUCUUGAUGGCCGCCUUGAUUAUGUCAAUCGGAUUUUCUAUUGAUAUACCGUGUCAUAUAUGUCAUCAUUACUACAAAACAAGUGAGUUAUAACUUUGAGUGUAAUAUAAUGAUAUUUAUAGUACUAUAUAGCUAUGAUCUACUAUUGAUUUGACUUUACAGAGUUUGAAGAAAAGAUAUACGACAACGAACAGACAGAAGUUUACAAUCGCCUGAAACAUACCUUAGGUGCUGUAGGCUUCCCAGUAAUGCAAGCUGGUAUAUCAACUAAUCUUUGUGUGUUAUGUCUACUGGUUAUUCCUAUAUACAUGGGUGAAGUGUUCGUGCUAUGUAUGUUACUGUGCAUUACCCUUGGAAUCCUGCAUGGCAUCUUGAUACUACCGGUCGUAUUUCAUUUGCAAGCUAAAGUCAAUGCAUGGAGGAAGAAAAAGUAG